AUGCGUUCCUCCCAAUUUUUGCUUUCAGGACUGAGGCGCACAGCUAUUUUGAUGACAAUUAGCGAUGAGUACAUCCCCCGUGCAUUUCCUGUCAAAUCCACGACAGGUUUAGCUGGCAUAGCUGUGGAGCCGCUUUGGAAGCCGAAGUUGCUUGCUGCUGCGAGUGAACUGCAAGCCUUUCUGACAAGCUCUGACAUUCCCCCAGAGUCCACUUACUACAACAUAGCCAUGACUCUGGUGAAGCGUGUAAACCAUGGCAUUAAGGAAUGCCAGGAUGACUGGUGCACCCUUGAGAAGCGAUAUUUUUGGGGUUGGCCUGUUGAAUACAUCCUGCAAGUCACCUGGCGUGAGUUGGAGACGGCACAGAAGUGGAAUGAGUGGCGUUUCUGGGAGUUGGAUCCGGAACAGGUAAAGAAAGUUGCACGUGAGGACCAAAACAUUGGAAGGGAGGGCCUCGGGUACAAUAGCCCGUGGGAACAGGUGGUGCGUGAAGACUUUGAUAAGCGAAAGAAGGCUCUUACACAGGAGGAAAUGGCAGAGCUGAAGCGUAUGGAUACGGAGCGCAUGGCCCGGGAGACAGCGGCAUAUAAGGAGAGAAAGGACCGCAUUCGGGACGAUCUUGAAAAAGCGCGCGGGGAUAUGUUGAAAAAGUUCCUUAACAAGCGGUUCGCAGUUGACAAGGAUCUACAGCGCAUGCAACCUGGCAAGCGGUAUAGUGGAAAGACUGCCGACGACCUCAUUGCUGAGUUGAAGUCUUCUGUUGAGAAUAACCCGCAGAAGUCAGACCUGGGCAAGUGA